AUGCCAGACGGCGUGAGUGGCUCUCGCUCGUCGGCUCUCUUCUCAGGCAGCGUGUAUGCUUACUUCCUGAUUGGUUGUUCGGCAUUCUUGGGCAACUCUGUGGUCGAGGCCGCGCACUCCGUAACCGUGCAGAACUACUGUGGAGAUGGCCUGCUGGACGGGUCUUCAACUGCGGUUAUCAAUCUGGUCCCAACAAACUACUUUUCGGAUGCAGUAUCCUUUAGUUACUACAAUGCGUGCACUGGCGCUGGCGCGAGCUGUCUUAACUCGGACUGUACGAACGCAGAACAUGUCACAGACAACAGCUUCGGCGCAGUGAACUGCGCGGCUUCCAGCGACCCGAACAGCCAGGCAGGACUCUCCAUUACAUGGUGUCCGCAACUCGCGCCAGCGAGCAGUUCAUCGAGUUCGUCAGCCAGCGCAACAUCUGAGUCAACUUCAGCGACUGGGACAUCGAGCACACCAGGUAGCGCAGCGACCGCUGCCGCAGCAUCAGGGACAUCUCACAGUACUCCUGUCGGAGCCAUCGUCGGCGGCGUCGUUGGUGGUGUGGGCGGUGUCGCGCUCAUCCUCUUUGUGGCGCUGUUCUUCCUCAUGCGUUCCCGGAAACGGGCCCGGCGCUUCAGCGACAUCCCCUACAGCAAAGCCGACGAAGUCGAGCACGGUACACAGCCAACCCCCUUCCUCCUUCAGAGCCUCGACGGCUCAGGCAUGCCGCCCACUAACGGUACACAACCUCACGGCCAAGACCGGCUUACCCCGGUUCCAGUGCCAGUGAUGCCCUCGCCGUCAACGGUCUCGAGCAAGGCCGCGCUCGUGUCACAAACAGUGCCAUUGCCAUACCAUACCGCCAGCGUCACUACCACCCCACCGUCAGCAUCGACCGAGACGACGACUUCAAGUUCGUCUUACUCGGGGGCAGCUACUACCGAGUCUUCGGCUGCUGAACCCAGCCUGGACAGGAUUGUGGAGGGCCUUGCGGCGCGGUUUGGAUGGACUGCACCUCCCCCUGAAGAGCCCGCUCCAGGGCUACAACGAAGGGAUACGCUGCCGCCGUACUCGUAG